AUGGAUGAUAUUAAAGAUUCUAGUAUCCGCGAAUUGCUCAUAAAGGACAUCUAUCAAUCUAGUGUUAAUGUGAUGCAAAGAGAUGUGUCGACAGCAACUGGAGGAUGUCGCGCACCGCUAGACGGAAAAUACUCGCCGGCUAAUCCGAUGGCGUUUGCAAAACUUCAAAUGCCGGUAGUACCACCCGAAUGGAGAAUGGACUCAGUGACGUGGGACAACAGACAAGUUCGUGGACACUGCAAUCCAGAUAAGUCAUUUUACUUGUCUCAACCUUUAAGGUGCGAAGUCUGCAUCUCCACAACGGAAAGAAAAGCUCAGAAGAAAACAAAAUAUUCAAACAACAAGCUUUAUUAG